AUCACAGUCCACACAAGCAGAAAGCGAAGAUGAAAGUCCUGUUGCUCCUAGUUGCAUCUGCCUUUGUGGCAGAGGGUACCAUCACUUUAAACUUACCAGGAAGACUCGAAAUACCUACACUCAAGAUUAACGGAGGGGAACCAUCUAUCAAGUUCGGUAGUUCAGGUUUUUCUAUAAGCACAAAUGGAGUCGCGGGUAAAUCAGGAAACAGCAACACUAAUCAAGCAUCUGUUUCUUUCAAAUUUGGCACUAAACUUGGAAACCAAGGGCAAGGAGUAGGAUUCGGCGCAGGAGGUGCAUUAGUCCCAAAAAGAAAGAAACUUCGCGUAAAAGGAGGUAAAAAAGGUAAAAAAGUUGGUGUUUCAAAAAAUGCAGGCGCUGGAGUUGGAGAUAUUCGGUAUAUUAUAUUUAGUUUAACGUAA